AUGAACUUGCUAGACUCUCUUGAGGGCUUUUUGUCCAAGUUUCAGAGUGAUCUUUCAGCUGUGUCUGGUCAAAUAACAGACCUACAAUCUCGAAGUCGCGAUUUUGAUAUGAGGUUGAAGAGCCGACAGAAAAUCGAGAGACCUCUGUCCCAGCUGUUGCAGGAACUAUGUGUCCCGCCCGACUUGGCCACCACGAUCCUCGAUACGAAUGUAUCAGAAUCGUGGAUACCAGCAAUCGCGGCUUUAGAGGAGAAGCUAAUUGCUUUGGAAGCUAGGUCGAGAGUGCGAGCGUCAAAGGAUUGUCAGAGGCUGCGGAAGCCUUGCGCAUCGCUGCCUCUGGGAAAAUACGAGGCUACUUCUUGGGAUUACUUCAACCCAUCCGAACAAGCAUUAGAGUUUCAGCAUGCCUAUAUCGCAGCCGCAAGACUGUACUACGAGACUGGAUUUCGAAGAUACGCGCGUAGCUUGGGAUACUUGAGGGCUCGAACAGUGGAAAAGUCCACUCUGAUUGGCACUUUACCGAGCGACGGUUCGCCUGAUCCACCACCAGCAACUGAUCGCCUACAAUAUGCCAACCUAGAAGGUCCAGGAGUAACACUCGCAUACAUGGCGGACGAUGCAAAGAACAAAGAGCCACCAGAGGCCGCUUUUCGGUCGCUCCUUCUCGUACUAUUGGACAAUGCUACCGCAGAAUACGCUUUCUUAUCUAGCUUUUUCCGCCAAGAGCCCAACCCUCCAAGAAAACCUAGCACGAGGCGGGUGUCGGGAAUCAUAUUCGAAGACCCAGAGGAACAAUCUGAGAGUGGCGGAGACUCCAUCCCUAUCAGCCGUACAGCGAGCUUUAGCAUUCCUGGGAUAGUGACGCUGCAAGACGAAAAGCGAAAGUGCGGCCAAGGAGGAGCGUGCAUAUAUAGACGGGUUGUGGAAGCAGAUUAUGGAGCCCGCGUUGGAAUACUGCCAGGUUGGAAACAGCGUGUAUUCAUCAAAGCAGCACUAGAACCGGCACCUCCCCUCAUCCCACUCUUAACGAUGAUUAGACUCAACGAGAACGUAUACCUUGAAGCCGAAAGGCGCGGUUGCGGCCCGCUCGAGACGUUCCUCCUUGGACAACGCCUUGCCAUGUGGCCGUUGUUCCAAAAAGAUAUGGGGGUCCAGGUGGACAGCCUGAAAAAACUUGCAGAAAACGCGGUUGGUGGAUAUUUAAGCCGAAGCGGGAUAAAAGAUUCGGCGGUACAGGUCAUCAUAAAUCGCUACGCCAGUUUAUUCAUCGCAUGCGUGAGGCUGUCGUCAGAGGGCGAUGAGACGAUGCUGUUUUCCAAUGUGUUGCGACUUCGACAAGAAUUGGCUAAACUCAUCAUCAACCAAUCUAAAAAAAUAAAAGAUUCAGCCCAAAGUUCGACAUAUCUUUCCACCACAUACGAGCUCCUUUUAUCUCGUUUGAGUGUGGCUGGCAAUGUUGUGCACCCGCGAGCGCAAAGCGAAGCCUCGCACUGGCGUGAGCUGGAGGAAGAAGCACGCAGGAGAAUCGGUGCGACAAGAAGAUGA